AUGGGCAUCUCGUCGAUUCUGUUCGUCCUGGCGCUGGCCGCGCUGUCGCCAUUCCUCUACGAGCGUUGGCAGCUAUUCUCGACGCUCCAUGCAAACGCGCCUGACCGCCUGGCCAAAGUCAACAACUUGGGAAGUCAUCAAAUCAAAUUCUCUGAUCGCAUCAGAAGCUGCGAGGAUGUGCUGCUGCUCGAGGCGCAGGGGCUUGCUCUCAUCGCCUGUGACCCGGGACGAGAGCGGUGGAACACCGUCAUGGGCAUCUUCCGCCCAGGCCCAGUUACCUCUGCCCGGCUGUAUGCCUACGACUACCAAGCCGCGGGAAUACCGGACGCGGAGGCCCUGAAGAACAUCGAGUUCGCAAACUUCAGCGCCGGCGCAGAUUUGCACACAUUGGGCAUGGCAUACAACCCCAAGACGUCUACUCUCUACGUCAUCAACCAUGCCCAGGCUGGUUCCCGGAUCGAGAUGUUCAAACUGGAUGUCGGCGCGCUCGUUGCGACCCACGUCGGCACGAUCCAGCAUCCGCUCAUCCACACUCCCAACGCCUUAGCCCUCCUCGAUGACGACGAGUUUUACGUCACCAACGACCACUUCUUCACCGCCGGGCGGUCUAGGAUGCUGUCGCAGCUUGAGACAUUCCUGGCGCCCCCGGCAGCGACUGUGGUACACGUGAAAUUACAUGGUGGCCAAGUCGAAGCCAAGGUGGUCGCGCGCAUGCCGUACGCAAACGGCAUCGAGGUCAUCAACAGCACGACCGUGGCGGUUGCUUCCACCACCAGGGGCGCCGUGUACCUGUACACGGCGACACAAAGCCCUGCAACCUUGCAGUAUCAUUCCCAGCUGCGCCUCCCCUUCCUCCCCGACAAUCUAUCGCUGUCUGGCGGUAAGCUCAUGAUUGCCGGCCACGCCCACAUAACCUCGUUGUUCAAGUUCGCCAAGACGCGCUACAUUUGCAACGAUCCAGAAGAGCUUGCCAAAGCAACGGCAGAAAUGAAGGACUACUGCCCCCGUGCUGCGGCAACGUCCUGGGUUUCGGAGUGGAGCGAGGCUGAUGGUCUGAAGCAUCUCUACGUUGACACGGAGUAUCCCACCAGCGCCACAGCUACGAAGGAUGCAGCCCGAGGCGUGGGGAUAAUCGCAGGCCUGUAUGCCAAGGGCAUUCUGGUUUGGAGGGAAUGA